GUGCGAGGCGUCGGCUACCCUGCGAUGGCUGCUCCGGCUGCUCGCUGGAACCAUGUGUGGGUCGGCACCGAGACUGGGAUCCUGAAAGGGGUGAACCUUCAGCGGAAACAUGCGGCGAACUUCACGCCAUCCGGAAAGCCACGGCGUGAGGAGGCAGUGAAUGCUCUGUGCUGGGGUAUAGGUGGCGAGACCCAGAUCUUGGUGGGCUGCGCGGACAGGACCGUGAAGCACUUUGAUGCCGAGGAGGGUACAUUUCAGAGCCAGAGAUACUGCCCAGGUGGGGAGGGCACGUUCCGAGGUCUCGCCCAGGCCGAUGGUGCCCUUAUUACAUGUGUGGAUUCUGGGAUCCUCAGAGUCUGGUGUGACAAUGACAAGGAAGUAUCCUCAGACCCACUCUUGGAACGAAAGGUGGGUCCUGGAGUGUGUAGGAUGCGCCAAGACCCCACACGCACCCAUGUGGUUGCCACAUGUGGAAAAGAGAAUGCUUUGAAAGUAUGGGACCUGCAGGGGUCUGAAGAGCCUGUGUUUAGAUCCAAGAAUGUGCGAAAUGAUUGGCUCGAUCUACGGGUUCCUAUUUGGGACCAGGAUGUACAGUUCCUCCCUGGGUCACAGAAACUUGUCACAUGCACAGGGUACCACCAGGUCCGUGUAUACGAUCCACUCUCCCCCCAGCGCAGGCCAGUCCUAGAGGCUACCUAUGGAGAGUACCCACUGACAACUAUGACCCUUACUCCUGAGGGCAAUUCUGUCAUCGUAGGAAACACUCAUGGGCAGCUGGCAGAAAUUGAUUUUCGGCAAGGGCGUCUACUGGGCUGUCUGAAGGGGCUGGCAGGCAGUGUGCGUGGGCUGCAGUGCCACCCUUCCAAGCCCCUGUUAGCCUCUUGUGGCUUGGACAGAGUUUUAAGGAUACACAGGAUCCGCAAUCCACGUGGGCUAGAGCAUAAGGUUUAUCUCAAGUCUCAACUGAAUUGCCUUCUCCUGUCAGGCCGGGAUAACUGGGAGGAUGAGCCCCAAGAACCUCAAGAAGCCAGCAUGGUGCCCCAAGAAGACACAGAGACAGAUGAACUUUGGGCAUCUUUAGAGGCAGCUGCCAAGCGGAAGCUCCCUGAUUUGGACCAGACACAAGGUGUUCGCCAAAGCAGCAGGAAGAAAAAGAAGCGGCCUGGAUCUACUAGUCCUUGAAGCCCCUUGCUCACUUUGUUAAUAAACCACCCAACACACACUGA